CACCCUGAAGCCGUAUUCUGUUUCUUUCUUUUCUUUCUUUUUUUUGAAAGGAGGGCAAAAGCAUUGCCUCGUAUUCGGUUUCAGGGUUCGCAGAAGCUGACGUACAAGCCAUGGAUGCCAAGAAGCCAUAUUUCAUUGCUAUCAUCAUACAGGUGAUCUACACUGGCCUGUUCGUCGUCACCAAGGCAGCCUUCAACCAUGGGACGAACACCUUCAUCUUCAUCUUCUACCGCCAGGCAGCUGCCUCUCUCCUGCUGCUGCCUCUCGCCAUUAUUCUCGAACGGAAAAAUGCGCCGCCGAUGUCGAUCCGGCUGUUUGCCAAGCUUUUCUUGUAUGCUCUGCUUGGGAACACAAUAAGCUUUAACCUGUACAACACGGGCCUCAAGUACACUUCGUCGACGGUGGCAUCGGCGGCAGCCAGCUCGGUGCCCGUACUGACCUUCUUCUUCGCAGUCCUACUAAGGCUGGAAGUGAUCCGGCUGAGGCGCUUGUCGGGCGUGGCGAAGGUGGCCGGAGUGGGGCUAUGCCUCGGCGGCGUGCUGGUGAUCGCGCUCUACUCCGGGCCGGCGUUAAGCCCCCUGAACCACCACCGCGCGUUCGGCGGCGGCGCAGAGAGCGGAAGCAGUGGCGCGGCGACGAGGGCGAGGUGGGUGACGGGGACGCUCCUGAUGCUGCUGUCCAACGUGACGUGGUCGCUCUGGAUCGUGCUCAUGUCGCCGCUGCUCAACGAGUACCCCUGCAAGAUGCUGGCCACGGCGCUGCAGUCCCUGCUCAGCGCGGCGCAGUCGCUGGUGCUCGCGGCGGCGGCGGCGGCGCGGAACCCGGCGGCGCGGAGGCUGCGGCUCGACGCCGGCCUCCUCGCCGUCGCCUACUCCGCCGUCGCCGUCACCGGGGUCUCCUACUACCUCCAGGCGUGGUGCAUCCAGAAGAAGGGGCCCGUGUUCCUGGCCAUGUCCAGCCCGCUCAGCUUCGUCUUCACCAUCUUCUGCUCCUCCUUCUUCCUCGGCGAGGUCGUCCACCUCGGCAGCGUCGUCGGCGGGGUCCUGAUGGUGGCCGGCCUCUACAGCGUGCUCUGGGGCAAGAGCAAGGAGCACGACACGCUCACGGUCGCCGCCGGACAGCAGGAAGAAGACGCUGCUGCACCACCCGCUGCAGAGAGCAGCAGCAGCAGUGACAAUGAGAGCAAACACCAGCAGGGGAGAUUUGCGUCGGCAGAUCAACAAGUCUAGAACAAAUACACAUCAAAAUGAACUCGGAGUCUUAGAACUAAGAAAUAAACAGUGUCUGGUGAAUCCAAGUAACUAUACUCUCGUAUAGUAGUAACUAUACUCUAGUAUAGUUCUUUUUUUCUUUUCUUUGGGUAUGUGAUAAUUGAUAUACCACUUCACAAAUAUAUGGAGUAACUUGAAUUUUCACC